AUGGACGGAGGCCAGCCCUACUCCAGAGAAAGCAACGAACAAGAAGCAACACGGAUCAUGCCUGAUUCUCCUGCAGCUGCCCCUUCAGACGAAGACGACGGCUACGAAGUCCUGACUUCGUUUCCAGCAAGCCAGGAACAGAAAGAAACCAGCGAGCUCCCAGGUGCUCGUCAAAGUGUGGAGAACUCCCCGAGUCCCAGCUCUUCCAUGACAACAAAAGAACUUCAGGAAUAUUGGAGGAAUGAGAAACUCAGCUUCCGAGCAGUCAGAGUACUUUUUGAAAUCUCAUCUGCCAGAAUUGUAGAGAAGGCCUUCUCUAAGUAUGUGAAAUACCAAAUCAUCAUUAUCCAAACUGGCAGUUUUGACAGCAACAGAUCAAUAAUUGAGCGCCGGUACUCAGAUUUCGAAAGGCUGCACGCAGAUCUUUUGAAGACAUUUUACGAUGAAAUGGAAGACAUUCCCUUUCCCAAAAAAAGCUUGACUGGGAACUUCUCAGAAGAAAUCAUCACAGAGAGGAAAUUAGCCUUCCAAGAUUAUCUGCGACUUCUCUAUUCCAUAGAAUGCAUCCAGACUUCGAGAAUAUUUAUCAAUUUCUUAAUAGAACCUGAAAUGGCGGAAGCCUACAGUUGCCUACGCGGAGGACAGUACACCAAAGGUUUGGAAAUAUUUCUGCAAGUCGUGCCCCUGCAGGAAAAACUAACCAAGCACAAGCCGAUUCUGCUGGUCCCAGCCCUUUGCGCCAUACUGAUCUGCCACAAAGACCUGGACGAUCCCAGAAGCGCCUACGAAUUUGGAGAGAAAGCUUUAUUGCGCCUCCAGAACCAUCCCAACCACAGAUAUUUUAUGCCCCUGCUGGAAACAAUGAUCUCCUUGGCUUAUGCCCUUGGCAAGGACUUUAUAACCUUACAAGAGAAGCUGGAAGAGAGAAAAGCCAAGAAAGGACCUAGAAAAGUGGUCACCCUGAAAGAACUUGCUGUCCAGGAAUACAUACAAUGAGUAGAAA